AUGACUGGCGGUGAAAGCGGUGGCCCGAACGCGGGUUUCAUCGCGCGCGCUCACAAGAUCUUCCUUGUCUUCGGCGCAUUAUACGCGUCUUUUCUCGUGCUCGGAUGUAUACCAUGGGUGCAGAAGCAGUUGAUCUACUGCCAUUGGCUGCACAUACCACUCUUCCCUGACUACGAACAUCCAGAGGCAUAUGGCUUAGCGCCGUAUAAAGCUUUGAGCUUCCGCAUCGCAACACCAGACGGCGAAUCCCUCGGCGCCUGGUUCUCCCUCCCCGACUCAUUCCACCGAACCCUCCACGCUACGUCCCCACUAUCCGACUCGGCCAUCGCCUCGUCCCUCCAAUCACGACCAACAAUACUCUACCUGCACGGCAACGCAGCAACGCGCGCCGCACGCACACGCGUCGAGCACCUCUCAUCAUUCAGCAAUCGGCUCGACGUGAACGUGCUCGCGAUAGACUAUCGCGGGUUCGCUGAGAGCACGGGCGAGCCGAGCGAGGAGGGGCUGACAAUUGACGCUGUUGCUGCGUUUGACUGGCUGGUGGAACAUGGAGCGAAGGAGGGUGACAUCUUGAUCGCGGGGACGAGUCUGGGUACGGGUGUCGCGGUUCAGGCGGCCGCCGCCCUUGAGCGAGACGGGAAGAAGGCGAGGGGAGUUGUGCUGUUUGCGCCCUUCGCCGACGUUGCGAGCCUGCUCGAUACGUACUACAUACUCGGUUUAGUGCCGCUUUUGAAGCCACUUGGAGUAUUCCCGCCUUUCGUCGCCCAGACCUUCAAGAGCUUCUUGGUGCACAAGUUCGAUAGCCUAUCUAAGCUCAAGGACAUGCACCAGCCGCUGCUACUCGUACAUGCCGAGGACGACUGGGACAUCCCGUUCUCGCAUAGUGCCAAGUUAUUUGCGAGCGCGCAGCCCGAGGUGGCCGACGAGAUCGAGAACGCGAGAGAUGCGGCAGGGGCGACGUUGAAGGGUGCCACACGCGUCGUGGAGCGCUCGAUCGAGCGGCUCGGCAAGCUGCAAACCCUGGAGCGUGACCAGGGCCGGGGUGCCGUAGCGCACCUGCAGACAUUUUACGGCGCCCACGAGCGUGUAGGUCUUCAGGAGGGCGUGCAGGACGUUGUGCGGGCGAUGUUCGAUCUGUGA